UCAGGAAUUUUCCCUUUUGCACUAGAUGGGGAUGUAUUGAAGGCCAUUGAAUUGACUGAAGAAUUCGCUCCCGACUUGUUAGAAAAUAAUAAGGAUUUACAUUUUGAUCUUUUGAGCCUUCAUUUCACUGAACUCAUCUGCUCGAGGAAAUGCACAGAAGCUCUGGGAUUUGCUCAAAUGAAGUUGACUCCCUUUGGGAAGAUGCGGAAAUAUGAUGAAAAGAUUGAAGAUUUCAUGUCUCUGCUAGCUUUUGAGGAACCAGAAAAAUCACCCAUGUUUCAUCUUUUAAGCUCGGAGUACAGACAGCGAGUUUCUGACAAUUUAAACAGGGAAAUUCUUGCACAUGCUAACCUACCGAGAUAUUCAGCAGUGGAAAGGCUAAUACAACAGGCAACAAUUGUCAGGCAAUCCUUAAAUCAAGAAUUUGGCAAGGUUUGACAUUUGCUGUUAAUCUGUUGCGGAAUAAUCUUUUCCUGGAUUCCUUAUUGAGUUUUAAUUUGUUGUGAAUUUAGAAGAGUGAGAUGCGCUUUAAGCUGUG